UAAGCCUCUUCUCAUAAAGUUCAUCAGUUCAACGUACAAUCUCUUUUUCCAUUACUCUCUCAUAUAUACAGCAGCAGCUUGGAUUCAAAUCAGUCUGAUGGAAAGAACCAAAAGCAUCCCACUACAGCCACCAACUUAUGGAAACCUAAUCACUGUUUUAAGCAUUGAUGGAGGUGGAAUAAGAGGGCUUAUCCCUGGAACCAUCCUUGCUUUUCUUGAAUCUGAGCUUCAGAAGCUGGAUGGGGAAGAUGUAAGACUCGCCGACUACUUUGAUGUCAUUUCAGGGACAAGCACUGGAGGUCUUCUGACUGCCAUGCUUACAGCCCCAGAUGAGAAUAACCGACCGUUAUUUGCUGCUAAAGAUAUAAAGGAUUUCUACCUUAAUGAUAGCCCCAAAAUGUUUCCCCAGCCGGCAUGGUGGUUCUUUCCUGGUGUUAUGAACAUCAUCAAAUCUCUAGUAGGCCCGAAAUACGACGGGAAGUAUCUACACAGAUUGAUAAGGGAAAAACUAGGUGACAAGAAACUGCACCAGACAAUGACUAAUGUUGUUAUUCCUACGUUUGAUAUAAAGAAUCUCCAGCCGGCAAUCUUCUCCAGCUUUGAGGUAAAAAAAAAGCCAUCCAUGGAUGCUUUGCUAUCUGACAUAAGCAUAGCGACCUCGGCAGCACCAACUUAUCUUCCAGCUCAUUAUUUCGAAACUGUGGACGCAGGAGGGAAAGUAAUUAGAGAAUUUAACCUUAUAGAUGGUGGUGUGGCUGCAAAUAAUCCGACUCUGGUUGCUAUUGGUGAAGUUACUAAGGAGAUAAUCAAGGGCAGCUCGGACUUUUUCCCUAUCAAACCCAUGGACUAUGGAAGGUUCUUGGUUAUAUCAUUAGGAGCCGGCUCACCAAAAAUUGAAUUGAAGUACAAUGCGCCGAGCGCAUCUAAAUGGGGUAUCUUGAACUGGUUAACCAGUGGUGGUUCCACCCCUAUUAUCAACGUUUUCAGUCAUGCAAGUACCGAUAUGGUCGAUCUGCACCUUUCUGUAGUUUUCCAAGCUCUUCACUCAGAGAAAAAUUAUCUUCGAAUUCAGGAUGACACGCUAACUGGACAAGUAUCUUCUUUGGAUGUAGCCACAAAGAAAAAUUUGAACGCUCUCAUAGAAGUUGGAGAAGGCCUAUUGAAGAAACCAGUGUCUAGGGUUAAUUUGGAGAAUGGUAGAUUUGAGGCGUCUAAUCAUGAGACCAAUGAAGAGGCUCUUAUAAGGUUUGCAACACUACUAUCUGAAGAAAGAGGGCUUCGCCUUGCAAGGUCGCCCCACGGAAAAUGUGCCAUGCUCAAGUCGAACUCGUAUUGAUAUUCUGAAUGCCGCAGCUGCCGCGCGCUAUACGUA